UCGUUCAUUACACAGUCAGUCACGUGGAUUAUGAAUCCAGUUUUUAUCUGUCAUUGCAUUGUUUCAGAUUAUCAACAUAAUAUUUACCCAGAGUUCAAUCAGAACAGUUAAAUAACGUUCUUGCUGGGCGUAUUAUAAGCGCCAAUGAAAAAUAGCACCAGUAUUGACGCAUACACAUACGUUUUACGUGAUCACAGAAUAUCACACCCAUUUUGCCCAAUAAACGAUUAAAAAUGAAUUACAAAAAUUUAUUUAAUUAUUUCAUAAUAUUUUUACACUUCCCUUCAUUUCCAGCCGAGAAAAUAUUAUUUUUCUUUGGGGGAGGUAGUUACAGUAUGAAAAACAGUGCUUGGCCAUGGGCGACGGAAUUGGCAGAUCGUGGACAUCAAGUUACAUUUCUCUCCGCUCAUUCUAAACAGCCUACAAAACAUGGUCAAAUUCGGGACUUGGCAACUCCAACGUUGGUGCAGUUGAUGGGCGUCCUGUAUGGAAUUGAUAGAUUCCAGCAACGGAAGGACCACCAGGAAAAAGAUCUUUUGACCAAAUAUUCGGCACUGAGCGUGGAAAUUUGUGAAACAAUAUUCUUUAAAUCUCAAGAGGACGCUUUACUUCAAGACGUGAUUCAUAAGGAAAGCUACGAUCUCGUGAUUGUCAAUGUGAUUUUUGGAGAAUGCGGAUUUGUCUUUGCUGCAAAGUAUAACGCCAAGACUAUUUUAUUUGAUGGCAGUGUUCCUCUCCCUUGGUUUUUUGACGUUUACGGGUUCCACGCGGAUACAUCCUGGAUUCCUGAUGUGCUAAUGAAGUAUGACAACUUCCCACUAACGUUGGUGGACAGAGUUACAAGCACAAUUUGGCCAUUAUACUGGUACUGGGACAGACAUUGCGUAGUGUAUCCAGGAAUGGAUAGAUUAAUGGAAAAGGCUUUUGGGAAGGAAAACGCGUUGCCAUUUUACGAGUUGGAAAAGAACACGAGUCUUGUGGUGGUCAAUUCUCACCAUGCGACUGAUUUUGCAUACUCAUUUCCUCCGCUAGUAAUUCAGAUCGGUGGAAUUCAGACUUGGCUUCCAGAACAGGAAAUUCCAGAACCAUACCAAAGCUAUUUGGAUGGGGCUGGGGAAGGUGGAGCCGUUCUCAUUUCAUUCGGUUCUACAAUUCCACUGGAAAAAAUUUCAUCAAAUUAUGUGGACAUGUUUUUCAAGUUGAUACAAAAAAAUGAAAAUGUGAGAUUUAUUUUGAAAUGGAAUGGUCCACUGCCGGAAAAGUAUAAAAAUGGGUUCGACAACUUGCUCGUAUCGAGUUGGAUUCCUCAAAGAGAACUUUUAAGACACCAAAAAAUUAAGGGAUUCAUUUCUCACGGGGGUUUAAAUUCCAUUCAGGAAGCCACAUUUUAUGCAGUUCCAUUAAUUGUCCUCCCGUUAUUUGCAGAUCAAGACUAUAAUGCGUUCAGGGUUGAUGCGCAGAAAGUAGGCGUUAGGUUAGAAGUACGUGAUCUAACAUUUGAACAAUUGGAUGCUGCACUUAUCAAAAUAUUAACAGAUUCUCAAUAUAAGGAAAACAUGAAAGUGAAAUCCAAAAUUUUCCGUGAUCGUCCUGCAAGUCCACUUGAAACCGUUGUUUAUUGGACAGAAUUUGUGUUGCGAAAUGACGAUAUUUCUUCUAUCAAGCCAAUGAACAAUGGCUUGACAUGGUACCAGCGUAGAUUAUUGGAUGUGUAUUUAGUCUAUGCAACAGUAAUUUUUCUAUCACUGACCUUUGUAAGCUGCUUAAUUUUUAAGAUUUUGAAGUUAGCAUUCAGAUCUAAUGCGUCACCAAAAACAGCUACAAAAUCAAAGAAAAAGAUUUCGUAGUGUAAUUGACGAAUUUAAUUAUUACGCUAGAAUCUGACAAAAAUAUUGUUAUUUGUGCUUAUAGUUUAUUUACCUUUUUGUGGGUUUGACCAAGAUAAUCUGGCCAAACCAAUAAAUGCAAUUGUCCGAUAAUAAAUAAUUUAAAACAGGA